AUGACCGCAAUGAUUUUCCGACACGAGAAACUGCAUACCGAUUUAUUCCAAUAUUUAUGGAUACCCGUGAGUACUACACGAUUGUAUAACACUGCUGCUAGCCAACCUUGCACUGAACAACGCGAUUUAUACCAAACACUUGGUGUUGAGUCAUCUGCUACGACAAAAGAAAUCAAGGCAGCUUAUUAUGAACUGUCAAAGAUUUAUCAUCCAGACAGGCAUGAUGGUGAACAACAGAAGAAUUUGGCUGCUGAAAAAUUUCUACAGGUAGCGGAAGCAUACGAAGUUCUAUCAUCCGAUAAAAAACGAAAGGCUUAUGAUAAGAAAUGUCAAGAAAGCUGGCUACAGACACCGACCGGGAGUUGGCCCACGCAGAUGAGAGUGAAAAAAAACUUUGAGGAUUUGGGAUUAGAUUACAAAACCUUCGAGGACUUUCAACGUAGUGUGAAUACUAGGAAACAACGGACUAGACACGAUCACUGGCAAAUGCCUGAUGAAUUUUUUGCUCAUUUCGGCAAUCCUCGUGAAUUCACUAAUACUUUUCGUCCGCGAACACCAAAUUAUUUCUCCUAUAGUUAUAAGGAUCCAAUGCAGCGACAGCGUGAAAUAAGAGAAUGGCAGAUUUUGAAGGAAAUUGAAGAAGAAAAACGGAAAUCCAAAUAUAAAACACCAGUCUUUGUAGUGAUGGAGAGAGAACGAAGGAGGCGAGAACUAAAGGAAAAAAGAGCAACUAAUAUUUUACUUCUGGUUUUUGGAUGCUUGUCGAUAUUAACCUAUAUCCGUUUAGUGUAA